AUGGUGCUACUUGAACAAACCAGUCAGCACCAGUUCAUAGCUUUUGCUGCAUACUUUGCCCUCAACACUCUUGGCUUCAUUGUUGAAGCCUGGCCUCGAGGGCGGACUCAAGCUCAGCGCAAGAGCAACGUCAGUCGGUUCAGCAAGGCUAAUUUGUGCAGUCGUGCCACGUUCCACUAUCUACAGCCAAUUGUUUCGUUGGGGUACAGGAACCCGCUCUCUAUCAAGGACAUUGCUGGGAUGAUGCCUGAUCGUAUUCAAACUGCAGCUAGCCACAGUCGUCUGAACCGAACAUGGGAGUAUGAGCUGGAGAAACAGAGAACUCACGGAAGAAAACCAAGUUUAUUUCGUGCUAUUUUGAAGGCUUCUGGGCGGGAUUGGAUACCCGUCAUGGUUUUUCGUCUCUUGGCCUCCACCUUUAUUUAUAUUCUGCCUCAGCUCCUUAAAGAGUUGCUUGCAUUCAUCAACUCUUACCAGACCCCGAAUCCACAGCCGCUUCCGCUUGGUAUCAUUCUGUCCUUUGGAAUGUUCUUUACCUCCAUAUUGAGCUCGUUCUUCAUGGCUCAGUACUUCCAAUGGGGCAUCAAUGUCGGUAUCCAGGCCAGAACUGGGCUUAUUGCCAUGGUCUAUCGAAAGUCACUUAAACUUUCGAGCGCUGCCAAGCAAAAAUCCACUGCGGGUGAAAUCACUAACCACAUGUCGGUUGAUGCAGAGAAAUGGGCAGACGCAAGCGUCUUCUUACCUAUGCUCCUCUCCACUCCCUUUGAGUUGGCAAUAGCUAUCUGGAUGCUUUACUUACAAAUUUCAUGGUCCGUAUUUGUCGGUCUUGCAACGGUUCUCGCCUUAACCCCAAUCCAAGGGAUGAUUGCCAAGUUCUAUAUGAAGGCCAAGGAACGCAAACUGGAGGCUAUGGAUGAGCGUGUCCGCCUUAUGAACGAGUUGUUGACCUCUAUCAAGGUGAUCAAGUUGUACGGAUGGAGCGACUCAUUCCGAGAACGUGUUACCUAUUAUCGUAACCGUGAAGUAGCCACACUCCGAAAGAUCGGUGUGGUUUUCUCUUUUAUGUCCAUCAUGUUCCAGUCCGUCCCCCUUUUGGUGGCUCUUGUCUCGUUUGCAGUUUUUGCAACACAUGGUGGCCCUGACUUUGGUCCCGGAGAUAUCAAUCCACAGCGUGUGUUUGUUUCCAUUACCUUGUUUGGAUUGUUGAACCGCCCAAUUGGAAUGCUCUCGCAUGUCUUGGCCGAGGCCAUUGGUGUAAGGGUUGCCGCUGCUCGUAUCCAAAAGUUCUUGUUAGCGGAAGAAAUUUCUGAAAGCACCGUGGAAUCGAUUAAGUCCUUGCCUGAUGACCCCAGUGUACCACUGAUCCAGGUCAAGGAUGGUGUCUUUGCCUGGGAUCUGGAAGGACCUGUGAUCGAGACAGAGAAGGAACGUAAGGCUCGUGAAAAACUUGAGGCAAAGAAACAGAAGGAGCUUGAAAAAGAAGUCAAAAAGGCCGGAAAGCCUCUCCCUGAAAAGAUCGCCCCCUUUGAAAAGAAUUAUGGACCCACACUCGUUGACAUCAAUUUGGAAAUUUCUCGUGGUGAUUUGACUGCUGUUGUUGGAAGAGUUGGUCAAGGAAAGAGCUCACUUCUGAAUGCUAUUAUCGGCGAUAUGUAUAAACGCCAGGGAUCUGUUAAGGUGUAUGGACGACUGGCUUAUGUACCUCAACAAGCUUGGAUUGUGAAUGCAACUUUAAAGGACAACAUCCUUUUCGGAAACGAGUUCGAUCAGGCUCGGUAUGACCAUGUUGUGAUGUCCUGCGGCCUCUUGCCAGAUAUUGCAAUGUUGCCAGGCGGUGAUCAGACUGAAAUAGGAGAACGUGGUAUUAACUUGUCUGGAGGUCAGAAGCAGCGUGUUUCUUUGGCUCGCGCUGCAUAUGAGAAUGCAGAUGUGUAUCUACUUGACGACCCUCUGAGCGCUGUUGACGCCCAUGUCGAUCAACACCUUUGGCAAAACCUCAUUGGGCCUACAGGCCUGCUCAAGGACAAGACACGUAUCCUUGUUACCCACGCCAUUCACCAUUUGGAGCAUGUGGAUAGAAUUGUUGUGAUGAGGGAUGGAAGGAUUGCAGAGACAGGCGAAUACAGCACUCUAAUGGAUGCCAAAGCGUCGUUGUAUCAACUGAUCACGGAUUAUUCAGUUAACCAGGCCAAGAAGCGAAAUGAGAAAAAAGGGGGUGAGGAUUCUGUAGCGCAAGAUGACGAAGACUGCUCAACACGCGAUGGCAAUGAAAAGGAAGACGAAGUCAAUGUAAAGAAAGAUGACAAGGCUGAACUUGUCUCAGAGGAGAAGAUGGUCUUUGGAAGUGUCUCGUUCAACGUGUAUAAGAUUUAUUGCAAAGCAGCGUCGUAUAAAUGGUCUUUGGCAGUCGUUACUAUGUUUGUUCUUGGCCAAGCUUUUCAGAUUGGCACCAACCUUUGGUUGAAGUAUUGGUCCAGUGUUGCAGGUCAAGGAAACCAUACCGUUGGCGAAUUUCUCGGUGUUUAUGCUGCUCUCAUCUUCGCCUAUAUGAUCGCUAAUGUUGCCUCAGGCUAUACCACUAUGGUUUUGGCUGCUAUCCGCGCAUCGACUCGCCUACAUGAUCGUCUUUUGACCAAGAUGCUGCGUUUGCCCAUGUCUUUCUUUGACACUACGCCUCUUGGCCGUGUAGUCAAUCGAUUCAGCGGUGAUAUCUUCUCAAUUGAUGAGUUGACUCCAUGGAACUUUAUCAACGUCCUUCUUUGCGCCUGCUCUGUUCUUGCUACAAUUAUUGUUAUCGCAACUACAACUCCCGUCUUCUUGGCUCUAGUCCCUCCUUUGGUCAUUGUUUACAUCCUCACGCAGAAUUAUUACCUCAGGACCAGUCGACAGCUCAAGAGAAUUGACUCUGUUUCAAAGUCACCAAUUUAUCAACAUUUCAGUGAGACCCUCUCUGGAGUGACAACAAUCCGUGCCUUGCGCGCUAACGAGCGCUUCAUCAAGGAGAAUGCCAGUAAAGCCGACCAGGCUGCUAAUGCUUUUUUCUCUUGGGUGGUUGCCAAUCGCUGGCUACAGAUCCGUCUGGAGCUCUUGGGUGCAACAAUUGUGUUGGCUUCAGCUCUCUUUGCUUGCCUGAGCAGAAACACAUUGGGUUCAGGAAGUGUGGGAUUGGCUUUGUCAUAUGCCUUAGCUGUCACGCAGGAUAUUACUUGGCUUGUUCGCAGCUAUUGCGAUCUUCAAAAUCAACUUGUUGCUGUUGAACGUGUCGACGAGUACGCCAAUAAGAACCCAGAGGCUCCAGAUGAGACCGAUGCUCCUCUGCCCGAGAAUUGGCCACAACAUGGCCGUGUUGAGUUCCGUAAUUACUCUGCUCGUUACCGUGAAGGAUUAGAUCUGGUAAUCAAGAACAUUUCAUUCACUGUGGAGCCUGCUGAAAAAGUGGGUAUCUGUGGUCGCACAGGCGCAGGUAAAUCAUCUCUUACCUUGGCUUUAUUCCGUAUCAUUGAAGCUGCUAAUAGCCAUUGGGCUAAGGCUAGCCACAAUGGAGUCGAUAAGGAUUUAGACUCAUCUAAGGGAAAAGAGAAGCAGAAGGAGAAAAGAGAACAAGAGGGGGAAAAUGAGAUCAAAGAUCUCGAGAAGGUCGAAGUGGAGGAAGAUGGUGGAUCUAUCUGGAUUGAUGGCGUGGAUAUUUCAACUGUAGGGCUUACAUACUUGCGUCAACACCUGGCAAUUAUUCCUCAGGAUCCCACUCUCUUCGUCGGAACUAUUCGUGAAAACCUGGAUCCUUUCGGAGAGCUUCAAGAUGCUGACUUGUGGGAGGCUUUAGAGCGUGCUCACUUGAAGGAUCAUAUUUCGUCUCUUGCUGGUGGAUUGUCUUUCAAAGUUUCACAGAACGGGGAUAAUUUCUCGGUGGGUCAACGUUCAUUGAUCUGUCUUGCUCGUGCACUUUUGCGCAAGAGCAAGAUCUUGAUCCUUGAUGAGGCUACUGCUGCGGUAGAUGUAGAGACAGAUGAAUUGAUCCAGAAGACUAUUCGUAAAGAGUUCAAGGACCGCACCAUCCUGACAAUUGCGCAUCGUAUCAAAACUAUUAUGGAUUCCGACAAGAUCUUGGUGCUCGAAAAGGGUCGUGUCGAGGAGUACGAGUCGCCAAGAACUUUGCUCCAGCGUCCCAGCUCUCUGUUCUAUAAGCUUGCGCAACAGGCUGGCGAGAUCAAAGAUGCGGACUAA